AACACCUCCAGCAAAAAAAAACCGUCCACUAUCACAGCAAAACACUGGAGACUCGAACGGACAAUUUUAAUUUCACCGUUCGACACGUGCGAGCGAAUCUCUUUUUUGAAAAUAUGGCCAGUAGAGAGAAGGAAGAAAAACUAUCUUUGGUCCUCACUCUUUUCAAAGGAGAGAAUUUCGUCUGUAAAGAACCCGGUGUAAGGUGUAAAAUUGAGGCGAAAUGUUGUGACGAAGUUUUGCGUUCUGGGUUUUUCCCAAUAUCUUCAACCAACACAGAACCUGCGUUCAAUGUGCAAUUAGCGUGGCAAUUCUCGAGACGUCAGUUGAAAGAUCUCCGGGCAAAUAAAACGGCUAUAAAAGUACGGUGUCUCUUGCUUAAUGAUAUUAGCAAACAUCAUACUGAGCUUGGCUAUACGGUUUUACACAUCAAAGAUGCCUUCCCAUGGUCUGGAGGCGAUGUUGAAGCAUCCAAGGCUCACUCAUAUCCGCUACUUGGAACUAAAGAGCAAUGGAAAAAUUACCACCCGAAACUUUUAAUGCAACUGCAUAUCGAAGACUACUCAGUUGAACAACUAACUACUAGCCCUAACGUACAAAGAAAAGUUAUUGAUGAAAAGAAGGUCAAUAUUUCAAAUAAGACAAAAGUUUCUCCAGAAAAGCCAAGAUUUGAAAAUAUAGAGUCUAUUGAUAAAACGCCUCGAGUGGAUGUUAUUUCAGAAAUUCAGAAUUCUGUGGAUAAGUUUACCUGGCGAAUUAGUGAAACAGAUGGGUGCUUUCAAUUAGGAGAACCAGCAGAUGGUGAUGAUUUGUACAUUUUCAACAUAACUAUAAUUUCUGCUCACAAUUUACAAUUUCUAUGGAAUGGCAGAAGCCCAAAGAAACCAGCAGAAGCUGAUAAUUAUGUCUGGCAAAUACGGUACAAAGCUUAUGGUUGUGAGAUCAAAUCGGAUCCGUUUGUUCUUAGCACUUCCGAUCCAAGUAGAAGAACAUUCAUUGGGGACAAAGCCACUGCUCGGAUAAGAGCUUCUGCUCCAUAUUUUUAUGAUUAUAUUCAGGAAACGGCAGUUGAAUUUCAUGUCAUUAGAUUCGAACUUUCUUCUAGUCAAGAUUUAAUCAAUGAAGAAGUUAUGGGAGUUAGUUUUGCAGAAUUAAAAGAUUUGGCUGAGGCAGAUAUCACAGAGCUACGUACCACUUUAGAUAUCGUAUCUGAGUGGGGGUAUCCAAAUACAAUCAUUCCCGGCGAGAAGCCAGAAGUUCGUACUGUUUUCCAACUGGAAGCUACUCCUGGAUUUUUUAACACCGUGAAACGUUUGUCACCACCAGUACCUUCGAUUACACUAAAACCCAAGGAUAUCGCCGAAAAUAAAGUUAUCCAGACCGAAGAAAAUUUCAUUGAUCUCUCUAAAGGUAAAAAUGUGGACGCUACUAAUGGAUUUUUUAACACUAUGAAAACUACGCCACCACAAUCUCCUCAAAGUCCAGAAAAAGGCAAAGAUAUCAAUGAAAAUAAAACUAGCCAGACCGAAGAAGACUGUACUGAUCUCUCUGAAGGCGAAAAUGUCGACGCUACUUCUAGACCUUAUCCUACUGCGAAAAGUGUACCACCACCUAUACCAUCUAUUUCACAAAAAGGCCAGGGCGUCGAUGAAAAUAGGAUUUUCCAGACUGAAGAACACUGUACUGACCUUUCGGAAGGUGAAGAUGUGGAGGCUACUCAUGGAUUUUAUCCUACUGCGAAAAGUGCACCACCACCAAUAUCACGAAAAGGCAAAAGUACCAAUGAAAAUAGGACUAGCCAGACCGAAGACUAUACUAACCUCUCGGAAGGUGAAAAUGUGGAUGAUACUCGUGGGUUUUUUAAUACUGCGAAAAGUGUACCACCACCAAUACCUUCGACUUCACGGAGAAGCAAGUAUACCAAUGAAAAUAAAAUUACCCAGAUCGAAGAGUGUACUGACCUCUCGGCAGGUGAAAAUUUAUACGUCCCACCUGCUAUGGUGUUUCAAACAACGGAUGACCUUCGCACGUGGAAAGCAGAGAAAAAGACUGCAUUUAAGCACAAGUUACAAGCAAAAGAAAGGGCAUAUUUAAAUAUACUUGCUCAAGAAGCUGCCUCUAGAGACACACAAAGAGAAAAGUUGAUGGCUGACAAACUGGCCAACCUAUCAAAAAAAGAAAAAGAAGUUCGCCAAUUGUCAGCAGGCAUACUUGACCGUGAAGAACGGGUUAAAAAGAAAGAGUUAGAGCUAUUUGAGUUGAACCAAAAAAUAAAUUUGGACAGUACAGCCACUUUGGAAAAUGCGAAACUCAGUAUUCUGAGAAUGCAAGAAGAACAUAAAAUCGAGAUAUCAUCCCUGCGUAGACGUAAUCAAGAAUUUGAGGCUGAACUUAAGAAAUGCAAAGGAAAACUAGAGAUCCUCGAACUGAAAUUAGAAGAGAAAGAAGAUUAUAUUAACAAACUAAAGAUGGAGAGAUAUGAGAGACCUGAGUCUCGCAUAGUUGAAAAAUUGAAAUUAUUGGAGCAAGAGAACAAACUACUUAAAAGGCAAGUUAUAGAAGUAGAGCGAUCACGGGACCAGUACAAGAAACAAUCUCAGAGUUUAUGUGUAAAACUUUCCCGUUUGCAAGAGGAGCGAGAUGCCCAGCUAAAAGAUGAAAAUGAAGCUCUACGGUUGCAGAUUUUUGCUAAUAAACAACAUAAAGAAAUGAAGAAGGAGAGAAAAGUACUAGUAGAUUGUUCACGGCAAAUUCGCAGCAUGCAAGACCACAGACCGCCUGCAACAGCUCCUGAGAACAAGAAGGGAGCAAGUGCAAGAUCAGAAAAAAAUCAUGAAAGUACUAAAAAGGAACCUCAGCACCAAACAGAUGAGACCCUAACAAAUGAAGAAGAGAUUCAGAGACUGACACAAAUGCGAAGUGGUAUGCUCCAUACUGGAGCUUAUACAAAGUACGAUAUGGUAAUUAAGGAGAUAGAAAAACGAAUUGUAGGGUUGGCUGAAGGGAAAAUUGUUAAAUAAGUUUUCUUUUUUAUUUGCGGAACCAGAGUAGAUGCAUAGGAUGAUGAUUUAAUACUUGUGUUUUUUAUGCAGUUCUGUGUAUAUAUGGCUAAAGUUCAGACAUAAAAUAGUGUUCAGAUGUCAUAUUUUUUGCAUAAAGUGAAACUAUAACUUACAUAUUUUCUAUUUAUACAUACGUAAUAGUACUUUUGUAUUAAUGGUAAAAUACUUUCACAAAUAAUUCAUUUAAUUUUUGUACCGAAAGAGUAUAAAGUACAUGCGUAUUACUACUUGAUGACUUUUGUAUGAUUUAUUUGGAACAAAAUCCAAAUAAAGAGACCAACAUUUA